AUGAGUGAACUGCGACAUCGGCGUGGGGAAGGCGAUGGUAAUGAGAAACUGGAAAACGCAGGCGAAUCUGAUCACGUUGAUUCGGAAGAAGAAAAGGUAUUAGAAGAAAAGUAUGUAGAUGAAAUGGCUAAGUCUUUACCUCAAGGGACGGAUAAAACACCGGAAAUCCUUGACUCCGCGCUUUCUGGUCUAUCAUCAAGAUGGAGGAACUGGGUGAUUCGAGGAAUUUUCACGUGGCUGAUGAUCGCAGGGUUCUGUCUGCUCAUCUAUGGUGGCCCACUGGCUCUUAUGAUCACGGUACUCUGCGUACAAGUGAAAUGCUUCGAAGAGAUCAUCAACAUUGGCUACGCGGUGUACCGCGUCCAUGGCCUGCCGUGGUUCCGUUCCCUGUCGUGGUACUUUCUACUGACUUCCAACUACUUCUUCUACGGGGAGAACCUGAUUGACUCCUUCGGUGUCGUCAUUAAUAGGACGGACUAUCUCAAGUUCCUGGUAACAUACCACCGCUUCAUCUCCUUCAGCUUGUACUGCAUGGGCUUCGUAUGGUUCGUGUUGUCUCUGGUAAAGAGGUACUAUAUGAGGCAGUUCAGUCUUUUUGCUUGGACUCAUAUCGCGCUGCUCAUCGUGGUCACACAAAGCUAUCUGAUCAUCAAGAAUAUAUUCGAAGGUCUCAUCUGGUUCAUAGUUCCUGUAUCCAUGAUAAUCUGCAACGAUGUGAUGGCGUAUGUGUUCGGUUUCUUCUUCGGUAAGACGCCGCUCAUCAAGCUCAGCCCUAAGAAGACCUGGGAAGGUUUCAUUGGAGGUGGAUUCUCUACUGUUGUCUUUGGAUUGUUGCUAUCGUACUGGAUGGCCCAAUACCCGUACCUGGUAUGUCCCAUCGAGUAUUCGGAAUCCUUGGGCCGUAUGACUAUGGACUGUGAGCCUUCUGCACUAUUCCGCCUUCACGAGUACACGCCACCGCAGUUUGUGCAACCCGUAAUGAAAGUUAUUGGCAUGGAGAAGUUCAACAUGUAUCCGUUCAUGAUCCACUCGUUGUUCUUGAGCAUCUUCAGCUCUGUCAUUGGACCGUUCGGGGGAUUCUUCGCUUCAGGAUUUAAACGCGCUUUCAAGAUCAAGGACUUUGGUGAUGUCAUCCCUGGCCACGGUGGUAUAAUGGAUCGUUUUGACUGCCAGUUCCUGAUGGCCACCUUCGUCAACGUGUACAUCACCAGCUUUAUCCGCACCGCUACUCCACAGAAACUGUUGCAACAGGUGUACCAUCUGAAACCGGAACAACAACUGCAACUGUUCUACGCUCUGAAGGAAUCGCUGGAACAGAGGAAUAUACUAAACAUGUUACCUUAG